GGGUACCGUUGAGUCGCCAGCCGCCCCCCGCAGCCCCCGGCGUGUCCCGGCAGGUGAUGUACCGGGUGAUCCAGGUGGCGGACGGACAGCUGGACGGACAGACGGAGGGCACCAGCGCCAUCAGCGGGUACCCCGCCACCCAGUCCAUGACACAGGCCGUCAUCCAGGGCGCCUUCACCAGCGAGGACGCGGUGGAGACGGAGGCGGCCGCCACCGAGACCCACUACACCUAUUUCCCCACCGCGGCGGUGACCGACACCGGCACCUCGGGGGGCGCGGGGACCACCGCCACCGCCGUCGUCACCACCCAGAACUCCGAGGCCCUGCUGGGGCAGCCCACCCCCACGGGGCAAUUCUUCGUGAUGAUGUCACCGCAGGAGGUGCUGCAGGGGGGGACGCAGAGGUCCAUCGUCCCCCGUGCCCACCCCUAUUCCCCGAAGUCGGAGGCACCGAGGGCCACCCGGGACGAGAAACGCCGGGCGCAGCACAAUGAAGUGGAGCGCCGGCGCCGGGAUAAAAUCAACAACUGGAUUGUGCAGCUCUCCAAGAUCAUCCCCGACUGCUCCAUGGAGAACACCAAAUCGGGGCAGAGCAAAGGGGGGAUCCUCUCCAAAGCCUGCGACUACAUCCAGGAGCUGCGGCAGAGCAACCACCGCCUCUCCGAGGAGCUGCAGGGCCUCGACCAGCUCCAGAUGGACAACGAGGUCUUGAGGCAGCAGGUGAUGUGUCCUGGGGGGGUCCUACGGGGGGGGGUUGGUGGCAUCUCCAGCAGUGGUGGCAUCUCCGGGGCUGGUGACAUCUCUGGGGCUGGUGGUACUUCCAGCAGUGGUGGUAUCUCCAGGGCCUGGCGGCAUCUCCAGCAGUGGUGGUAUCUCCAGGUCUGGUGA